UUCAAUCUCUUCCCUCACAUAUAAAUUAACCAUAUAUACAUUGAUCAAUCCAGAUAGAGCUAUCAAACUGAAAGAGAAGAAGAUGGGAAGAUCUCCUUGCUGUUCUAAAUUAGGGUUACACAGAGGACCAUGGACAGCAAGAGAAGACGCAUUGCUCACCAGCUAUAUUCAGAAUCAUGGCGAAGGAAACUGGAGAUCUCUCCCCAAACUAGCUGGACUUCUCCGUUGUGGAAAGAGUUGCAGGCUUCGCUGGAUGAACUAUCUCCGGCCAGAUAUUAAGCGCGGGAACAUCAGCCCCGAAGAAGAAGACCUCAUUAUUCGCCUUCACCGGCUUCUCGGCAACCGCUGGUCGCUCAUCGCCGGCCGUCUUCCCGGCCGAACCGAUAAUGAAAUAAAAAACUAUUGGAACAGCCAUCUGAGCAAGAAGCUCAAAAAACAGGGCUUGGUGGUAAGAGAAGCAAUCCCAAGAAAAAAACAUGCAAAGUCGUCCUCAAACAGCAGGAUGCAAAGUAUUAAUAGCAAUGAUGAGAUCAAAAUCUACGCACCAAAGCCGACUCGACUGACGGCGAGCAUUCAUGUGAUGGAGAACAGCACUGAGGAAGGGAAAGGGUCGUCAUCGGAUGAAAUGGAAUAUUUAUCAGCAAAUAAGUGGUCUGAUGGAUCAGAGGAGAAUGGCUUUUUUGAUCCUGAUCAGAAUUUGGAUUUGGGAUUUGAUCAGUUUUUUGGGUUUCAGCAGGAUGUAUAG